GAGCAACUUGGAACUUGUCUGAGUCGAAUCUUCCAGACCGAGUGUGGUCUGGGUCAGGAAGUGGUCUCUUCUGGGUCAGGAAGUGGUCUGGAUGGAGGGUUUCCAGGCGUACGGGGCGGGGAAGGCAGGCGAGGCGUUCGACCCGCUGGCGUUCUUCAGACAGCCUCAGACCGUGCUGAGGGUCGCCUGCUGGCUCUGCUCCGUCGUGAUCCUCGGCUGCGUUGCUAACGAGGGCUAUGCUAACCGUCCCAAAGAGGAGGAGGAAUUCUGCAUCUUCAACCGCAACCAGCACGCCUGCAGCUACGCCAUUGCCAUAGCAACACUGUGCUUCCUGUGCAGCAGCGGCCUCCUGGCGCUUGACGCCUACUUCCCUCAGAUCACCGGCGUGAAGGACAGGAAGAAGGCCGUCAUGGCCGACAUGGCACUGUCAGCUCUCUGGUCUCUGUUCUGGUUCGUGGGUUUCUGUUUUCUGGCCAAUCAGUGGCAGGUUUCUAAAGAAGAAGAAAACCCUCUGAAUGAAGGAGCCGAUGCUGCCAGAGCCACCAUCGUCUUCUCCUUCUUCUCCUUCUUCACCUGGGCGCUGCAGUGUUUGCUGGCCGUCCACAGGUUCAAACUGGGAGCUGAUUCUGUCACAUUCAACCAGGAGUACGUCGACCCCGACCAACAGGAAGCUCUGCAGGAAGCCCCACACACUGAGGAGUAGUCCACACACUGAGGAGUAGCCCCACACUCUGAGGAGUAGCCCACACUCUGAGGAGUAGCCCACACUCUGAGGAGUAGUCCACACACUGAGGAGUAGUCCACACACUGAGGAGUAGCCCCACACUCUGAGGAGUAGCCCACACUCUGAGGAGUAGUCCACACACUGAGGAGUAGCCCCACACUCUGAGGAGUAUCCCACACACUGAGGAGUAGCCCACACUCUGAGGAGUAGCCCCACACUCUGAGGAGUAUCCCACACACUCUGAGGAGUAGCCCACACUCUGAGGAGUAGCCCCACACUCUGAGGAGUAGCCCAACACUCUGAGGAGUAGCCCCACACUCUGAGGAGUAUCCCACACAAUGAGGAGUAGCCCACACUCUGAGGAGUAGCCCCACACUCUGAGGAGUAGCCCACACUCUGAGGAGUAGCCCCACACUCUGAGGAGUAGCCCCACACUCUGAGGAGUAUCCCACACACUGAGGAGUAGCCCACACUCUGAGGAGUAGCCCACAUCCUGAGGAGUAGCCCCAUACUCUGAGGAGUAGCCCACACUCUGAGGAGUAGCCCACACUCUGAGGAGUAGCCCCACACUCUGAGGAGUAUCCCACACACUGAGGAGUAGCCCACACUCUGAGGAGUAGCCCCACACUCUGAGGAGUAGCCCACACUCUGAGGAGUAGCCCCACACUCUGAGGAGUAGCCCACACUCUGAGGAGUAGCACACACUCUGAGGAGUAGCCCCACACUCUGAGGAGUAGUCCACACACUCUGAGGAGUAGUCCACACACUCUGAGGAGUAGCCCACACUCUGAGGAGUAGCCCACAUCCUGAGGAGUAGCCCCACACUCUGAGGAGUAGCCCACACUCUGAGGAGUAGCACACACUCUGAGGAGUAGCCCCACACUCUGAGGAGUAGUCCACACACUCUGAGGAGUAGCCCACACUCUGAGGAGUAGCCCACAUCCUGAGGAGUAGCCCCACACUCUGAGGAGUAGC